AUGAACAGGAUUUUGAAGGAUAUGUGUACUCGCGGUUAUGCCAGUGCGAUCUACCGAUUGGAUUGGUCCAUAUUGAUGUGCACUCUGCUUCUAGGUUCUUGGCUUUAUGGUUUAAGGCUCUGUACAGCCACCGUGCAGACUGGCAUUUUUUGGAUUGAAGAAAAUUUGGCCAAAGGUAGCAUGGUCGGACAAUUGUCUUCAACCUACGGUCGUGACAGUAUGGAAUUACGAUCCGUGGUCUACACCAAUCUGGCGCAAGAUGUUGUUGCGCAGUAUUUUCGAGUGGAUGCCACGGAUGGGACUGUGUAUGCGGCUGAACGCAUUGAUCGUGAAGCGUUGUGUGACGAUCGAGUACCGGAUCGAUCGGAUCCCGGGAAUGAUUAUGUGAUUCGUCGAGCCCGUGUACCCGGAACCCGUGGACCUUCGACGGACAGACAAAAGAGUGGAUUUAUACCAAAACAAAGGAAUAUUUCCAUGGGCAAUGAGUCUAGUCCGAGUUAUAAAUCUGACCAACUACGAUCCCAACGUGCUGCGGAUAUAUUUAGCGGUUCCCAUCAAACAGCGUCCAUCACAUGCCGUGUCAAAUUUCAAGUCCAUGUUGGACUGACAAUGGCUGACGGUACUUCGGACAGUAUAUUACAAGAUGUGCAAAUUAUGAUAGCCGAUGUGAAUGACAACAAGCCCACUUUUCCUUCAGAAGUUUACGUGCUACAAAUUUUAGAAAGUUCUCCCAUAGACGCGGAAUUUCGUCUUCCGCUUGCUCAUGACCCCGACUCCGGUAUGCACGGAAUCACUGUAUACAAAAUCGACCGAUUACAGUUGGGUCAUGAAAAUAUCCCCGGUGAGUCAUCCGUCUGUCAUGUGACUUCGUCGAUCGAGGCCAACUUGAAUCCCGAGGGAAAAAUUCAACCAAACAAACUGAUCGAAUAUCCGUUCGCCGGGGACUAUUUUGUGCUGCAUGCACAGCGUCUUCUAAAUGGACGUUUACAGCCUCAGCUAAAACAGAUUCGGCAACUGGAUCGUGAGCAUACAAGCAAUUUGUACCUGUGUCUAGUCGCACAGGAUGGAGGUGGAAAUCAAGGUUAUUUGUUUGUUCGUAUUGAACUGAUGGAUGCGAAUGACAAUGUGCCGCAAUGGCGUGGAUUACCUUACAAGGUCACUUUGUCCGAAUGUGACCCGAGCACGGAAUACGGCACCAAUGGUGUGGGUUUGGAAGGGCAUCGAAUAAUUGGUACCUAUUUGGCAUCCAGUAAUGUUGCUGAUCCCACACUGCGUCACGUGAUCACAUUGCAUGCAGACGACCCGGAUUUGGGCUCAAACGGACAGUGCACAUUUCGCCUGGGACAACAAGCCAAUUCGGAUCGGUUACGUGCAUCUAGUCGUGUUCAGUUGCCUAAUUUACUCAUUAAAGAGAAUAAAGUAUUCCUGACUUCAAAGCUCGAUCAUGAAACUUUGCCACAUUUUUUCAUUCCUGUCGAGGUUGUGGACGGGGGUGGUUUGGUCAAUUACACAGAAAUCGAAGUCACUGUGAAUGAUUGUAACGAUCACGCCCCGACAAUCACCGUGAUUCCAUUGAAUCCGCCAAAACUGGGACAAAAUCGAAAUCGAACAAAAGCUCCAUUUCCAGGUGCAUCUCCCGUCACCCUGCCCGCAACGUUGUUUCCGACAGAUGCUGUUUUGUGGUUAGAGGAAGAGUACAAACCUCGUGUCGAUUUGGCUACAAUCAUGGCACAGGAUCGAGACAAAAUGGAUGCCGGACGAGUCACAUGUCGGUUGGAACAUCACAAACUAGCUCCGACACAAGCGUCCUAUUUUGAUCUAAUUCCCCUAGAUGGUGGUAGUCUGGUUUCGCUAACACCUGGUUUAGGUGCAAUCAAACAAGCGAUAUCCAUGUUUACACUAUACAAACGUGAAGGUCUCAAAGUGGAUCGGGAAAAAACAGCUUCUAUCGUGCUCAGUGUGUUAUGCACAGACAAUGGAGCAAUUCGCGGUCAUGAGACACGCAAAUUGAUCUAUGUACACAUUUUGGAUAUCAAUGACAACCCUCCAAAAAUCACACCUUUCGAUUACAGUUUGCAACAUCAUGAUCGAUCGGCACCCUACGUCACCCAAACCUUGACUGUCCCAGAAAAUCAACCGUUUGGCACACUGAUUGGUACUAUCCGAGCCACUGACCCUGAUGAGGGCCCGAAUGCUCAGCUCACUUACAGUUUUCUCCUUCCACCGUAUCCCUCGAAUUGGACUGGGUUAUCGGACAUGCCUGUGGGUCAGACAAUCACUGAGUUAUUCGAACUGGAAAGGACAACUGGCAAGCUGUUCACUCACGUCCCGUUGGACAGAGAGACCAAUGCCAGUUAUGUGGCUUAUGUGAAAGUGAUGGACAAUGGAGUACCGUCGCUCACCUCGAUUGUUCGACUCAACAUCCUGGUCUCGGACAUGAAUGACAAUCCCCCACGUUUUGUGGUCACCGAAGGAGCGAGUGGACGGAUUGUGUUUCACACAACCGAAUCGGACGGAGAGCGACCGGUUCACGGACGUCUGAUUGGUCAGCUGAUCACGCAUGAUGAAGAUUUCGGCCGGAAUCAGACGGUACAUUUCAGUAUGGUCGAGGAUUCCGUUUCACCUAGCGGAUUACCUGUCACGUAUCGAGUGACGAAUGAGGGAAAAAUCUACGUGGACGGUGUCCUUGAUCGGGAACAAUGCGCACAACAUCAGCUCACCGUACGAGCCGUGGAUGGUGGUCCAGUCGGGCAUCAGCUCACGGCCAGUGCAGUAGUGAUUGUCCAGUUAGACGAUGUGAAUGAUAGUCCACCCCAAUUCGUUCAACCUCCCACUAUGUCUAAUAAUGGAAUACCUUCGGAGUUGAUUAAUAUCACGGUUAAAAUGCCUCCUGGUUCGGUUAUCUACCGUGUUCAAGCCACGGAUAUGGAUCAACCAGCCAAUACAAAACUGAAUUUUGUAUUAAGAUCCGCCAAAUUCCUAUCGAACUAUUUCACCUUACGACCUACCGAAAGUACCUCAAUCAAAUCCGGCGGGUUUUCCGAGGCCUCAGCAGAUUUAAUUCUAGUCAAUCCGUUAACUGAGCUUCCAGCCGUUCAACUCACCAAUCCGGAGGCCAUGUACAGUGCACCAAAAGAAUAUUUUAUUUAUAUUAUUGUUAAAGAUAAUGAUUCAGAGCCGAGUCAUUCGGCCACAGCACGGCUUCGUAUUCAUGUGUAUCCAGACCGCCCACUCAUGAAUCGUCAUCAGCCCACCAGCUUCGGUUCCGUAACUGGACCGAAUACCAAUAACCAAACCCACGACAGUUUGACCACUGGUCACGUGAUGGGUUUGACCAAACAACAACAGAAACAACAGCGAUCGAACUCAGACACUGCAGACUUCGCUGACCCAAAGGAUGAUCAUCUCAAGGCGGAUUCAAGCUCCCACACUUCCUAUCGAUACCAUAAAAAUACAAGCAUUACUGUGAUUCUCAUCCUGGCCAUUGUGAUCAUUUGUGUGUUCCUCGGGAUAUUCUGUUUUGUUGCCUUUCUCUAUCUGCGCGGAGCGCAACGUCGUGGUGGUUCAGGUGCCAGUCCCGCGGGGUCUGCGUCCAAUCCACGCAAACGGCCUAUGAACGGCACCGGAUCGGGACAUGGAUUUCCAGAUGGACCGUCGCCACCACCACCACUACCGCCUCCUAAUUCUGAGGAUGUCGAGCAAAUGGCCUAUUGGGAGCUACUGAAUCAGAAUUGUGAGUUGGGUGCUUUGACUGCUGAUAUCAUUGUUCCUGUUUGGGGUAUUUCAUUUUGA